AUGCCGUGGCCGCGGUGUGGCACGCGCCAGCCCGCUCCCCGUUGGCCUCUCUGGCUCAUCUCCUUCCUCACUCUUGCCUGCGUGCUGAUCUUGCUGCUCCUCAACUGGGCGCCAUCGGAAACGUUUACCUCCAACCACCUCUUCCUCGACGCGCUCCGGCCACAUGCCUCCCACCCCACCAACGAUCCCUCCGCCGGCACCACCGAAUUCUACCAAUGGCACACCACCUCCUCCUUCCAUCCCGUCAACUUCCCCAACGCAAAGUCGCUGUCGACCGACUCCCUCUGCGCCGCCUUCCCCCCUGCCAUCCUCGAUUCCAUCCAACCCGUCUUCAAAACAGGCCACGCGCUGCUCGGCGAUCGCGUGCGCGCCCACCUCCAGACUGUCUCCGCCUGCCUGCCUGAGCUCUUAAUAUUCUCCGACGCAGACGACACUUUCCACGGCCACCACGUCAUUGACAUCAUCGCCGACAUCCCCGCCCACCUCCCGCACGUCUGGGACCAUCGAGAAAAUCAAUGGGAACCGUACGAGCAGUUGCAUGCCCUUCUGGCAAACGGCACGCUCGAUCAGGUCGAUGCUUCCACCCUUCAAGGCUGGAAGACGGACAAGUUCAAGUUCCUGCCGGGCAUCAGUCGCGCGUGGAGGAUGCGGCCGGGGAAAGAGUGGUAUGUCUUCUUCGAAGACGACACGUACAUCAUGUGGGACAGCUUGUUCCGCAUGUUGGGCGAACUCGACCCCAACGCGCCGUGGUAUCUCGGCGACCCGAGUCCCGGGCGCAAACCGGAUCCCGAUUCCCCCAAGGUCUGGUUCGCGAACGGCGGGCCGGGGUAUAUCCUCAGUCGCGCGGCGAUGCAGAUUCUCGUGCGCGACGACUAUCAUCCCCGCACUGGGGAUUAUCUCGGCACGAGACUGACGGAGAAGUGGUGGGAGCCGGAGACCUUGACCAACUGCUGCGGCGACAGUAUUCUGGGGUGGGUCUUGUGGAACGAAGGGGUGAAUGUGAGCGGCAUAUGGCCGAUGAUCAGCACCGAAAGGCCGGCCAAGAUUCCUUAUACAAGGAAAUACUGGUGUAAGCCGGUGGUGUCGAUGCACAGAGUCAUAGGGAACGAAAUGCUUGAUCUCUGGCAUUGGGAAUGGGAGAACCGGAAGCCCGAUCGACCAAUCCUGUACCGCGACCUGGCCAUGUCAUACCUAGGUUUCCACGAUAUAAGCCCACGCGUCAACUGGGACAACACAGGGCGAGGCAGCCACAACGCCCCGUCCGAAAGCGAGCACUACCACCACGACCCCAACGCAUCAUUCGAAGCGUGCGGCACCGCGUGCGAAGCGACACCGGCUUGCAUGCAAUACUCCUACCGCCUGCGCACCUGCAAGUUCAACCACGCUUUGAUUUACGGCGAGGAGAGGGCGCCGGAAUUGGGGAGGUUGUGGGAUGAUAUUCUGCCUGAGGAGAGUCGUAUGGAGUGGACGGAGGACGAGAUGACCUUUCGAGCGGGCUGGGUAGAGGAUAGAGUUGCGGAUUGGUUGGGGAAUGAGCGGUGUGAGAGCGUGGAAUGGGUGCGGCCGAGUAUUGAGCGGGUGGAUUGA